AUGGCGAAACACCACCGCGUCCCGACGCUGGCGGAAAACAUUAACCGCUCGCCCCGGCUCAGCUACCUUUCGUCCCACUCGCAGUCGGCCUCCUUCAUGAGCGAGGCGGGCGAGAUAACGGAGCUGAUGGCGCUGGAUGAGGCGGAAAAUCUGCUGCACGACCGGACCGCCUCGGUGCAGGUGAUCAGUGGCGGCAGCGGGGGUGCGUUGUGCGGCAGCUUCGGGAGCUACGCGAGCGGAACGCUGGCUGGGCAGCUCACGCCCGGCCGUUUGGUGGCAGCUACCGGGCUUGGAGUUGCUACCGUUGGAGCGGCCAACGGCGGGGCGGGUGCCGGAGGGGCUGUGAUUGGCGGUGGAGGUGGCGUGAGUCCGGGCGUAGGCAGCUUCGGCGACGGUUGCGAACGGUUCGAGGAGCUCGGCAUCAGCUUCAACGAGCAGCUGCUUUAUGGCGUCGGCGGAAAACUGCUGCCCAGCUCGCCGGCCGUAACGAUCGUGGAAAUGGCCGGCGGGGUGGGGUCGGCCGCGCUGAGGCAGAAAAACUUCAAGCGCAAAUCAAUGGCCACUGCCGCCAUCGUCGCGUCCGGCGAGCAAACGUCACUCAAUGCGAUCGGGUUACAACUGUCGGUCGAUCGUGGAGGGCCUCAGGAGUGGGGUGAAGCGACCCGAAGCUACGUGAAGGCCCAGCGACGGCACGCAGGACGCGCCACCUUCCAGGGCCAGGUGUACAACUUCCUCGAGCGUCCGGCCGGCUACAAGUGCAUUGUCUACCAUGUGUCUGUGUGA